GUCUGCCGGGUGCUUAGAAUCUAUACACGGAAAAAAACUUUUUUCAUUUAUUCAACUAUGGACGUGGAAUUAGAAAAGCCGUCGGAGAUUCAUGCCGAAUUCGUUGGGGAUCCAGACGAGGGGUUGACUGAGGGAGAAAGAGCAAUCAUUGAUCGCAAAUUACUGUGGAAGCUAGACCUUCGGCUUAUUCCUUGGCUAUCGCUGCUGUACCUUGCUGCAUUCCUCGAUCGCACAAAUGUGGGAAACGCAAAGAUUGAAGGUCUGCAGCAGGCUCUGCACAUGAGCAACAACCAAUACAACGCAACCCUUACAAUCUUCUUUAUAUCGUACUCUGUCUUUGAGCCUUUGACAAAUGUUUUGUUGAAACGGACCAAACCGAAGAUUUUCAUUGCGUCCAUUAUUAUAAUCUGGGUAAGUCUGAGACUGGUGUCGGUCCCCAAGAGGAUGGGAGCUAAUCAUCAAUUUGGGUUCUCUAGGGAAUAUGUAUGACAACAAUGGGCCUUGUUCAUAACUUCUCUGGUCUUAUGGCUGCCCGUUGGUUUCUUGGUCUAGCCGAAGCCGGCCUUUUCCCCGGUAUAAGCUACUACCUCUCAUGUUGGUAUAAGAGAUCCGAGUUCGGUGUACGCAUGGCUAUCUUCUUUUCUGCUGCCGCUCUUGCUGGUUCAUUCGGUGGACUCUUAGCUGCUGCAAUCGCACGGAUGGACGGCAUCGGUGGGAAAGCCGGCUGGUCGUGGAUUUUCAUCUUAGAGGGCUUGGCCACAAUCGUGUUGGGUGUCUUGUCAUUUUGGCUCGUUGUUGACUUUCCGGAUAAAGCAACCUUCCUCUCGGAUGCUGAUCGUCAGCGAGUUACCAGACGACUGAUGAUGGAUCAGCAAGCCAGCGGGCAGCACGAAGAGUGGAAGUCGUCAUAUGUGUGGGCUAGUUUGAAAGACUGGAAGACAUAUGUGAGCGCGAUCAUUUACAUGGGUGCCGAUGGACCUUUGUAUGCUUUUUCCCUGUUCAUUCCGACAAUCAUCGCAGAACUAGGUUACUCUUCGACCAGAGCGCAGCUCCUGAGUGUCCCUCCAUACGCAGUUGCUGCAGUGCUAACUGUCGCAAUUGGUUACAUUGCCGAUCGCACGCGGGCAAGAGGACUCUGUAACAUUAUUGUUUCCAUCAUUGGUGCAAUUGGUUUUGCGAUGCUUCUCGGUGCAAAGACUGCUGGUACUCGUUACGCAGGUGUUUUCCUCGGCGCGAUGGGCAUUUAUCCUUGCAUUUCCAACACGAUUUCUUGGACCAGCAACAACGUUGAAGGCGUGUACAAACGUGGUGUCACACUGGGUAUUGUGAUCGGUUGGGGUAACCUUAACGGCAUUGUUUCGUCAAAUAUAUACCGUGGCAAAGAUUCACCCAACUUCUACCCGGGUCACAGUACCGUCCUUGCAUAUCUUGUGCUGUUCCUCCUCGGCGGAUCAAUCUUGCAAACGAUCCUGCUCCGAAUCGAGAACAGGAAGCGACAACGUGGUGAUCGGGAUUAUCGUAUCGAAGGUUUGAGUGAAGAGGAGAUUAGGGAUCUGGGAGAUAUGCGACCAGACUUUAUAUACACUACUUAGACUUCGCUCUGGAGUGCAUGAUAUACACGUUAGAUGGAGCGGGUGAUCUGAAGCCAAGUUAGUUCGAGCCACCAGAAGGAUAUAGAGAACCGCACCUAGGUAGAUAGGUGUACUCAUCCAUGAUUGGACAGCAAUCUAUGACGAGUGCAAGGCACGUUCCAAGACCA